AUGGUAUUGGCUUUCAGUAGAGGACGAUUUACAUAUUUCUUGGAUAGCAUAUUACGGCCGCAAGAUCCAUUGAGAGAAUCAGAUUAUACGGAAUGGAAACUUUUCUCCGCUAGAAUAUCGAGGAUGUGCGAGAAUGACGUGAGCAUUAAUGUGGAUUCGAGGAUUGAUUCGGCAAUUACUUGUGGAAAUUUUGAAAUCAGUGAAAAUAUAAAAGCUGAUGCUGCGUAUUAUCGUGAAGAAACUGAUGAACUAUAUGUAGUAUUCCAGUCUCUUAAUCAUCGUAUAACCAAUAUUUGUUCGUAUAGGAUGGUCGAUGUUGACAGAUUUUUGAAAAAAUUAUGGGAUGAUUGCCAGCACGAAGCAUUUGUCAACAAUUUAGAUCGAUGCACCAAGAUCGAUAUCUCGCAAAACGUUCCUUUAUACUGUUUUGUAUUCACUCAGCGAACUGAUAGACGACCGGUAUUAUCUUGCACACGUUAUGGAGCGGAUUUUUCGAGUCAACCAAUUGAUAAUUGUAACACAAUUCCAUAUCAUUCAACAGCUUAUCGACAUGGAUGGAUUGAAAGCUAUAGUCCUAUCAAAGGCAGUCUAUUUGCUAUCCGCCGUUCAGUUAAUGAGAAAGCUGUGGUGCUUUGGUCAAAGAAAUCGCUUUUGGAUUCAUCUUUUUCUUUUGCAAUUGAUGUGUCGCUAAAUUUGAUCGUUUACGUUCAUAGGGCACAUAAUCAGUUAUCAACAUUAAAAAUAUCUUGUUCAAAUUUUUACGAUACAUGUUAUGCGUUGGACGAUAUUGCAUGGAUGGAUCCUCUAAAAUGUGUAUGGUGUCUAACAGCAAACAGACUAGGUUUUGCUAUUUCAUUAUCGCAAAAGUGUGAUUACCAAGUUCUUAAUGGAAUUUGUUUGCCUUAUAUCGUGCAUAUCGGUUCAUAUCGGUUUCUGUUUUCUGGAUAUCCUUCUUAUAUUUUUAACAAUGUGGCUGGUCCUCUUCAAGUUAUACCUUCUUCCAAAAAAAGUGGAACUAAGUAUGAAAUUUAUGGCCGAAAAUUUAAUUAUCUGGAAGAAAUAAGCGUUAAAAUUUGUGAUCAACCUUGUUCCAUUGAAAUUGUGCAGUCAAAAAGGCAUCUCUUCUCUAUUUUAAGGAUAAUAUGCACUGUCUCCGUAUCUCCUUAUUCUCCUCGAGGAUGUGCAGUUCUGGUUGAAGGUGAUCUUCAAAAUUUUGGCCCUUAUAAUGUAUCUUACACAGUUAAUCCUGUUUCUGAUUCACCAGAAACAAGUCAUAGUACGAAAGGCACUAAACGAACUAAAAUGUUAAUAUCAAUUUUCUCGAUAAUUAUUCUUGCUAUACUUAUUUUGCUUAUUGUAUGGAUUAUUCCAGAAAAUAACGCAUAUACGGGUCAUUAUUCGCUUUGUUACAAUAAUAAAUCUUUAUAUUCCUAUAAGAAUCUUUUCAUGGACAUUGAUCCGAAACUUAGGAUCUCUCUAAAUGAUUUAGAAAUCCAUGAUGAAAUUGGAAAAGGUAAUUAUGGAAUAGUUUAUAAAGGAUUAUAUCGCCUUAAAAAUGGAAAAUCACGCGAUGUUGCUUGUAAAACAAUUGAUUGUCAUCAGUAUUCGGUUGGGAUCAGUGAAUUCCUACGUGAGGGCCUUAUUAUGGCAAAUUUCGAUCACACAAACGUGGCUUGUUUAAUAGGCAUUUCAAUUACUGAAAACUAUUGUCCUAUUAUUGUCACUGAUUAUAUGGAAAAUGGUGAUCUUCGGCAUUAUAUUAUCAAUCCUGAUAAUAAAUUAACAUUUCGCAAUUUGCUUAGUUUUGCGAUACAAAUUGCUAAUGGUAUGCAAUAUCUGCACAGCUUAAACUUCAUUCAUCGUGAUCUGGCUGCAAGAAAUUGCAUGAUGGAUGCGAAUCUUACUGUAAAAAUUGCUGAUUUUGGCUUAAGUCGAGAUGUUUCCGCGUGUGGCAUGUAUGAAGCUAUCAAUAAAGAUCGGGGAAUUCCUGUUCGAUGGAUGCCUAUCGAAUCAUUAGAGGAACAACAGGUUCUAAUACUUGCUAAAGUACUUAGGUAUACAUUCAAAGCAGAUAUAUGGGCAUAUGGUGUUGUUUUAUGGGAACUUGCUACGCGUGGCCUAAUACCUUAUGGUGAUUUGGAAACUUCUGAAAUUAUUAGAUUGUUAAAAAACGGUCAUCGAUUAAGCCAACCAAAGGGGUGCCCAAACAUAUUAUAUAAGAAAGUAAUGCUUGUUUGCUGGAUAGAAGAUCCAAAACGUCGGCCAACAUUCUACGAAUUAAAAGAAAUGGUCGAAGAUGUGGUUUAUCAGUUACAACAAGGUGCUCCAGGCAAUAGUCUUCUGAACAAUCAUUAUGAGCGAGUGUCACCUCGUACUGUUGGUACAACUGCUAUUGAUUAUUCAAUGCACAAUCCUUGCAUCACCUGUAACUGA